AUGGCUCCCACGUACAAGACGGUGGUCCUCGCCAAAAGACCUAAAGACAACAUCGUCCCAGGGGAGACGUUCAGACUCGUCAGCGACAACCCGCCUCUUUCCGCCGAAGAUCUCAAGGAUGGAGAGGUUCUCUUCGAGACCAACUAUCUCAGUAUCGAUCCCGCCAUGCGUGGCUGGCUGAAUGAUACCAGAUCAUACAUUCCCCCCGUGAAGAUCGGGGAGGUCAUGCGAGGCGGCUGCAUCGGGACGGUCAAGGCCAGCAAGAACUCUCAGUUCCCCGUGGGGAGUUUCGCCACGGCGACGGCGGGAUGGACCGAGUACAAGAUUUGCAAGGGGAACGAGUUGCAGAGGGUGGUUGUCCCAAAGGGCGGGAGACUGACCGAUGGAUUGAGUGUCCUGGGCAUGACCGGGCUAACAGCAUACUUUGGCAUCAUCGACGUCGGCAAGGUCAAGGCAGGAGACUUCGUUGUCGUCUCUGGCGCUGCAGGUGCAACGGGAAGUGUUGUCGGCCAAAUCGCCAAGCUCAAGGGCGCUACUGUUUUGGGGAUCGCUGGCAGCGAGGACAAGUGCCGCUGGCUAAAAGAGGAGUUGGGGUUCGAUGCUGCUUUGAACUACAAAGACAGGGAAUUCGGCAAGAAGUUCCGCGCUGCCACAAAGAACUUGAUUGAUGUCUACUUUGACAACGUGGGCGGGGAGAUCCUCGACAUGGCCCUCUCAAGAGCAAAGCCACACGCUCGAUUCGUCAUGUGCGGAGGUAUCAGCCAGUACAACUCCUCUAAACCCCAGGGUCCAAAGAACUAUCUCAUGAUCGUCUCAAUGCGAAUCCGCAUGGAAGGAUUCAUCGUCUUCGACUACGCCAAGGAAUAUCCCCGCGCCCUCAAAGACCUCGCCCAGUGGCUCUCCGAGGGCAAGAUCAAGCGCAAAGAAACCAUCGUCCGCGGCGGGCUGGAUCAGGCCGAGAACGCGCUGAGGGAUCUGUACAAUGGCGUGAAUACAGGCAAGCUGUUGGUCGAGGUCAAGCCUGUCGGCAAUGACCAGCUUCGAGCGUCUCUGUGA